CGGAUUUAAACGCGAAUUAAUUGCACUGAUAACUCCGGUCAGUCUUUUCCAGUACCGAAAGUGCAACGGAUUAACAUGACUUUGUGAGUGCGGAGACUCGUUCCAGUUACGAUUUCGUGAAACCAUACUACACGCCAAGAUGGCAAAGGCCACCAAGACCUCCACGGAGAAGAAACAAGAAGCUGAGAAGACCUCCACAAUCAAGGAGCUGAAAAUGAGCGACAUGACCUGGAGGGAGCGCUACCGGUUCUUCAUCGACAACAUCACCGUGGAGCCCAUGCUGGCCUGCUACAUCAUCCCCAGCGUGUUCGCCAGCCUGGCCACCCAAAACCUGAACCUGGAGAAAGCUUGCAGAGUCAAUCUCGGCUACUCCAAGGAGGUGUGCGACGCUCUGAGCAUCCGCGACACCGCCAACUACACCAAAGAGGAAGAGGCGGUGCAGCAGCUGGUGGCCUCCAUGGGGGUGUGGAAAACCAUGCUCCAGAGCGCCUUACCCGCGUUCUUGAUCAUGUUCGUGGGGUCGUGGAGCGACCGCUGGGGGCAGAGAAAACCCUGCAUGCUCCUCCCCAUCGUAGGGGAGCUUUGUACAGUAAUCGGGCUCAUCUUCUGCACGUUUUUUUUCUACGAACUCCCCAUGGAGGUGGCGGGGUUCAUCGAAGGUCUCUUCCCGGCUCUCACCGGGGGUUGGUUCACCAUGUUCAUGGGGGUCUUCAGCUACAUCGCUGACGUCACUACCGUGGAAAUGCGAACAUUACGAAUCGGAAUCGUCAACGUCUUCUGCUCCCUGGGGGUGCCCAUAGGGCUAGCUCUCAGCGGAGUCCUGUACAAAAAAAUCGGUUUCUACGGGGUGUUCUCCAUCUCGGGGGUUAUGUACAUCAUGGCGCUCUACUACGGGAUCACCAGGUUCAAAGAAGCCAAGAAGGUGGACGUUCCGACUUUAGAUAACAAACCCUGUGCUUUCGUGAGGGACUUCUUCGACGUGAGGCACCUGUGGGAGACUUUCACGGUUGCUUUCAAGAAAGGGGAGAAUAAUAGGAGGACCAAGGUGAUGCUGAUCAUGUUGGUCGUGAUGGUGGUGAUUGGACCUUUACACGGCGAGAUGAGCGUGACGUACUUAUUCACCCGCUACCGCUUCAACUGGGACGAAGUCGACUACAGCAUGUUCUCCACCUACAGCAUGAUCACCAACCUGAUCGGGACCUCCAUCUCCGUGGGGGUCUUCAGCCACUGCCUGAAGAUCGACGACGCCAUCAUCGGGAUCUACUCCUCCAUGAGCAAAAUCCUGUCGAGCUUCGUCUACGGCUUCGCCAAAACCUCGCUGGUCUUCUAUUUAGGCGCCAUUGUCGAGAUCCUCAACGGGACGUCGUUCAUUGCUAUGCGGUCGAUCGCGUCGAAGUUGGUGCCCCCGGAUGAGCUGGGUAAGGUGAAUUCUCUAUUUGGGGCUUGUGAAGCCUUAAUGCCCCUGGUGUACGGACCCAUGUACAACGCCACCUACGCAGCAACAAUUAACGUAAUGCCUGGGGCCUUUUACAUCCUCGGGGGUAUCCUAACCAUACCCGCUGUGGUGAUUUUUGGUUGGAUGUAUGUCCAACACAGAAAAGAAGCCAAGGUUAGUAGCACCAAAGAUGCCGAAAGUGGACCCCCGGACUCAGUUUUUCAAGACGUGAUUUUAUCCACGACCCCUAAGGAGGCUCAAAUUGGAAGCCCCGUCUUGAACGGACUAAGCAAUAGGAAAAAUGGGGUCACUAAUCCAGGUUUUGAAAUGGAGAAAUAAGGCGCCUUAUCAAGGGCGAGUUAUAAAGAAUUAGAAGUGAGAAAUGGGCUGUGCAGAACGUUUUUCAAGAAAUUCAAUAGUGUAUGAUAUGACGAGUAUUUUAAACAUUCUAGGCACAAUCAAGUAAACGACAAAGUGUAUAUUUUAGUGUAAUUUGUAUUUAUUUUUCAAUGCAAACACGUAGAAGACUGGAGAAAAAUGAUCCUUUUGACGCGUUUUGUGAAGAUUUAGGCAGUGUGUAUGUGUAAGUGUUUAUGUAAUUGAAGUGUUGUACACUUGGAAGCUAAAUUUUAAAAUAAAAACUGACUAUACUCUG